AUCGGCAGAGGCGGAGAGAGCAACGCGAGCGGCGGCGGUGUACGGCGGCGAAGUGAAGUGAGGCGAUGGGGAUGGACUGGUACGCGUGGCUGUCGGCGGCGAGGCUGGACCCGGCGAUGGCGUACGAGUACGCGCUGGUGUUCUCGCGCAACGAGCUGGAGGCCGACGACCUCGCCUACUUCGACCACGAGUUCCUCCACAGCAUGGGCGUCUCCGUCGCCAAGCACCGCCUCGAGAUCCUCAAGCUGGCGCGCCGGAGCCGCCGCCUCCGCCGCGCGUCCGCGCUGUCGUCGCGCCUCGUCGCCGCCGUCGACCGCGUCGCCAGGUACGUGCGCGCGCUCGUCGUCGUCGUCCACGGGCGGGAGGACGAGUCCUCGGCGCUCGUGCUCGUGCCCAGCCAGCACCCGCAGCCCGACUUCGCCGACAAGACGCCGAGGAGGAGCAAGUCCAAGCCCAAGGCCAAGGAGGUCGCCGCCGCCGCCACACCGAAGGCCAUGAAAUCGCCUGUGCUGUCCAUCAGCGGCAGGGCCGCUGCCACUGUGCACGCCGUGAAGGACGCCGAGAAAGGCGGCGGCGAGGACAUGGUCAGGUGGGAGCGCUUGUUCCAGGACCUCAAGCCCAACUAAGCGCGCGACGGCGACGACGACGACGCCGCGCGUGAUCACGCGGCGGCGGAUGCAGCGGUGUGUUUCUUGACUUCUUGUUCGUGUGAUCAUAUCGUGUCCAUGGUGCUCUUCCUCCUCCGAGUGCGCUGCUCCGGCGCCAUUGCUACGGUCGUGCUGCAUGUACAGGUUGCAGGGUGCAUGAUCCGGAGGCAAUUCACGCCAUUGGAGCGGUUUGGGUUGCUCCCCUUUGUCUGUAGACUGUAGAGGACUAGCUCGUGAUGAGGUUGUUGCUGUACAAUAAAUGCACAUGCAGUGGUUAACUGCGAUUAAUCGUGCCAACGAAAAUCAACCACGCCUCGGUAAUUUCCG